AUGUGUACGAUUUACGUCAGUUACAUGAAGAGUGAUGGGAAGCAACUGUUGGUCCUUUUCAGCACUAUGCCAUCUCAACAGGUGAGUUAUCUUACCAAAUACCAGGUGGCAAUCAUUCUUGGUGGUUUAUUUUCGUAUUGUAGCGAUACAGCAAUUUCAAUCGAUGAUGACGCAACAGAAGAAGAGAUACUAGACAACAUGAGGUUAUAUAAGCAAGUCAUUGAAUCUAUAAAAAACCAGCCUUGGAGGAUGAAAAGGAAAUACAAAAUACUACGGCGCGCAAAGUCUUACGUUAGCAAGCAUGAAGGUGAACUUGCUCAGAGCAAGCGAUCAAAAGACAUCUUUGCUAAGUACAAACUUAUGGUGAGCAAGUGGUCCCAGAGGUGCAAAAGGGAGCUGGCAAACCUUGUAGUCACUCUAACUCCCUGGGAAAUGAGGAUCAAAAGAAUUGAAAGUCAUUUUGGAUCCGUUGUCGCUUCUUAUUUCACGUUUCUUCGUUGGGUGUUUUGGAUAAACGUUUUCAUCACCACAUUUGUUUGCUGUUUUCUUAUGGUACCCGAGGUCUUGCGAGGCCAAGACGAUCCAACAGGAAUGAGGAAAGAAAUCGAAAGUGAAGAGCAAGAUAGUGCUCUGAAUCUUAAGGCAAUAUGGGAUUUUGAGGGUUACCUGAAGUAUUCGCCAAUCUUUUAUGGCUAUUACAGUAACAGAGAAAUGACCGAAGAAGGUUAUCGUCUACCUUUGGCUUAUUUUCUCACUUCCUUAGCUGUGUAUAUCUUCAGCUUUUUUGCUAUUCUUAGAAGAAUGGCGGAAAAUUCCCGGAUGAGCAAGUUAUCUGAAAAGGAGGACGAAUAUACAUUCGCGUGGAAGCUUUUUACCGGAUGGGACUACAUGAUUGGACACGCAGAAACAGCUUUCAAUAAGACUGCGUCACUGAUCAUGAGUUUCAAAGAAGCAAUUUUGGAAGAAAAUGAAAAGAAGAAGGAAGAGCGGAAUUGGAAGGUCAUUAUCUUGCGAAUCAUAGCGAACUUCAUGGUCAUCAUUCUUCUGGCAUCCAGUGCUUAUGCCGUCGUGUUGGUUGUCAAGCGAUCUCAAGAACCAGAGGCCGAGUCGAGUUGGUGGAGGCAAAAUGAAGUGACCUGCGUCGUUUCCUUCAUUUCCAUUAUAUAUCCAAACUUGUUUGAAGUGAUUGGUAUGUUGGAACAAUACCAUCCUCGUGUACAGCUUCGAUGGCAACUUGCCCGAAUCCUGAUGCUGUACUUGUUGAAUCUGUACACUCUCAUUCUGGCUCUGUUUGGUAAAGUGGACACAAUGACAACUGCAUUAUUCGAGUUGAAGGCAAACAUCAGUGCAAUGAUAGAGCAGAGGACCACCUUCCCGACAGUAUUCACACCAAUCGUGUAUUACCCAACUUUAAAUACUACAGCACUUGAGCCUUUCCAGACAAUCAUCAGCUUAAGUCUAAAGUUAUUGGAUCCAGAAGAUGAGGACGUUCAAUCUAAAACGGUUGGUUGUGACUUGGCAAUGGUAAUGAAUUGUACAACUCUUCUUUUGUCUUGGAUACAAAAUUCAACGAGUGAGAACAAACCAAGUCUAAUAAAUAAACGUAUUUUUAUACGGCAAAGGGGGGAAGCUAAAGGUCAAAACUCUUUCAGUGAUGAUACUUGGAACAACAAUGACAGUUUUCACAAUUCGUUCAGUAUCAAAAGUAAUAACGAGAGUUCUGAAUGGUUAACUUUUUGGAACUACAGUAAUGUACCAGAUUCAAAUGCCACUUGGGGUAACAGUAAUGAAUGGGGAUCAUCAAGACCAACCCAAUUAACUGUUGAUGAUGAGAACUCGUUUUUUGACUAUAAUGCCCUAAACAAAAUUUUUGAGGCAUCUUUCAACAAUUUGAAUAAUUCGUAUAAACAUUCUCAUUUGUUAUUCUUAAAUAAAACAUUAUGGAAUUGGUUAGCUAAUAAUCGCCGAGAACUGGAUGAUGGCACGAAUGAGUCCAUUCAAAAGUGCAUAGUUUCUAUAUCAAAAUGUGCGGGAGAAUUUGAAAAAGCGUCAGAAAAUAACAUUUUAACACCAUCGACGUCGUCCAUUGAAAAAGACCUUUUAGUAACGACAAUCAGUAAAGCUCCAACAGCAUCCUAUACUGUAGCUGAAGACUCUACAACACAGUCAUUUAUAACAGACACUGGAACUGGUAAUGUCUCUACCUUAUCAAGCUGUGAUGGUGUGGAAUGUAUGUCUGACAGUACUGAAGAGUCGACGAUUAUGAAUGAAGUGUCAACAUUCCCUGAUGAAUGUGUAGGUGAUAAAUGUAGUGAUGAGGAAAAUAUCGUUGAACUUAUUCUUCAAAGUGACGAAUCUACCAGAGAACAACUUAGAAAAUUAUGUUGGGAAACCAUGUUUGGACAGGAAUUGGUAAAGUUGACCGUGAUGGACUUAGUUAUGACGAUAAUCAAUAUAAUUUUGAUGGAUUUCAUACGAGCUGUUUUUGUACGCUACGCUAAUAAGUGCUGGUGCUGGGACUUAGAAAAGAAAUUUCCAGGAUAUGGAGACUUCAAAAUAGCUGAAAAUAUUCUACAUCUAGUCAACAACCAAGGAAUGAUAUGGAUGGGAAUGUUCUUCAGCCCUGGCCUGCCUGCUCUCAACACUGUGAAACUUUGUAUCCUGCUAUAUGUGCGAAGCUGGGCUGUCCUAACCUGUAACAUUCCUCAUGAAACAGUCUUCAAGGCAUCAGGGUCGAACAACUUCUACUUCGCAUUGCUUCUCAUUAUGCUCUUUCUUUGCACCCUUCCUGUGGGAUUUGCAAUAGUUUGGCUCGAACCUUCUUGGCAUUGCGGCCCUUUCAGUGGCUAUGGCCGGAUCUACGGAGUCUUCACUGGUUACAUCGAGAAUGUCCUGCCUUCUUGGAUGAAUAACAUAAUUGAGUAUCUGACCUCACCUGGAGUGGUGAUUCCACUGCUUUUGUUACUUGUAUUGAUAAUCUAUUAUCUGAUGUCAUUGACUGGUUCACUUCGUGAGGCCAAUAAUGACUUAAGGAUGCAACUACGAAGG